AUGUCUUUUGAGAUUGAUAAAGAAUUGAAUGAGGACUCAAUGUUGAUGCAUAAAAGUAGACACAUUCAUUGUGAUUCAGUUGAAACUCUUACUGUUGAUGGUGAAAAUGGACCAAGAUUUCAAAAUGAGUCACAUGAAGGGUAUAAAGUUCAUGAUUGGAACAUGAAUGAGACUGCAAUUAAUGAGGAGGAUUAUAGAAUGAAUACUAACCCUACUAGUGAUAAGCAAGUGACCCAAAUUGGCUUAUUCAGAACUGGUUCAGCUCAGAGUGCAGAAAUCUUGACCAUGAUUGAUACAAGUGAUGGGUUCAUACAUGACAAUCCCACUAUAAUCGAAGAUGUAGCAAAUGAAAGACAAAACAUGAUGCAACAACCUAUAGUUAGUGGAAUUAGUGAUGACCAUCUAGAAGAACACCAAAUUUACUCAAGUAAGAAAGAAUUACAAAGGAAGUUGUAUAUGAUGGCUCUGAAAAGGAAGUUUGAGUUCAAAACAACUAAAUCCACUACUAAGUUAUUGCUUGUUGAAUGUUUUGAUAAAGAAUGCAAGUGGCGAGUUCGUGCUACCAAGUUGGGGAUUUCCAAUAUGUUUCAAAUAAUGAAAUUCUAUUCAACACACACUUGUCGGUUAGAUAUGAUGUCUCGUGACAAUCGACAUGCAAGUAGUUGGUUGAUUGGUGAGAGUAUAAGAGAAACAUAUCAAGGGAUUGGUUGUGAAUUUCGACCAAAAGACAUUGUAGCAGACAUUCGAAAGCAGUAUGGCAUUCAAAUCAGUUAUGAUAAGGCGUGGAGAGCCAAAGAACUUGCUCUAGGUUCUAUUAGGGGAUCACCUGAGGAGUCUUAUAACACUUUACCAUCCUAUUGCUAUGUUUUAGAGCAAAAAAAUCCUGGUACCAUUACUGAUAUAGUUACUGAUUGUGAUAAUCAAUUCAAAUACUUUUUUAUGUCGAUUGGUGCAUCUCUUGCUGGGUUUCACACAUCAAUAAGGCCUGUGGUUGCAGUUGAUGGGACAUUUUUGAAAGCAAAGUACUUAGGGACUUUAUUUAUUGCAGCGUGUAAAGAUGGCAACAAUCAGAUAUACCCUUUAGCCUUUGGGAUUGGUGAUUCAGAAAAUGAUGCCUCAUGGGAGUGGUUUUUACAAAAACUACAUGAUGCACUUGGACACAUUGAUGAUUUGUUUGUGAUAUCAGAUCGACAUGGUAGCAUUGAGAAAGCAGUACAUAAAGUAUUUCCCCAUGCGAGGCAUGGUGUCUGCACUUAUCACGUUGGACAAAAUUUGAAGACAAAGUUCAAGAAUCCUGCAAUUCAUAAGUUGUUCCAUGAUGCUGCCCAUGCUUAUCGUGUUUCAGAGUUUAAUUUUAUAUUUGGGCAACUAGAGAUGAUUGACCCAAGAGCAGCAAGAUAUUUGAUGGAUAUAGGUGUUGAUCGAUGGGCACGUUCAUAUUCUACCGAAAAAAGAUAUAAUAUCAUGACGACAGGGAUCGUUGAAAGCCUUAAUGCUGUGUUGAAAAAUGCUAGAGAUCUUCCGGUUUUGCAAUUGGUUGAAGAAUUGAGAAACUUACUUCAAAAAUGGUUUGUGACUCGUCAACAACAAGCAAUGUCAAUGUCAACUGAACUUACCAUGUGGGCUGAUGGAGAACUUCGUUCUAGGUAUAAUAUGUCAGCAACAUAUCUAGUGGAACCUAUCAACUCCAAGGAGUGUAAUGUUAACUAUGCUGGCAUUAGUGCUCAAGUGAAUUUAGACACUCGUUCAUGCACAUGUCGACAAUUUGAUCUUGAUCAUAUUCCAUGUGCACAUGCUAUUGCUGCUUGUAGAUUUUACAACAUUUCAUGUUACACUUUGUGCUCCAAGUAUUUUACUACUAAAGCAUUGUUAUCUUCAUAUUCAGAGUGUAUUUAUCCAACUGGAAAUGAAAUAGAUUGGGUAGUACCUAAUCAUAUUCGUGAUAAAGUUGUGUUACCACCUAAAACAAGACGCCCAACAGGAAGACCAAGGAAAGUAAGAAUUCCUUCUGGUGGAGAGGGCAAGCGCACAUCUCGUUGUAGUCGAUGUGGUCAAUAUGGGCAUAAUCGGAAAACAUGCAAACGACCAAUCCCUUGA